GUGCAAGGCGAGAUUCCACGAGAUGUGGAGGUCAGAAGAAGAAAAUGUAAGUAGGAAGAUGACUGGCAGUCGCCCGCUACAGGUUGAAUCCUCAGGUAUUCCUUCGAAAAAUCGGCCAGCAAGGAUGGUAGAGGAACGCAGGUAGUUUCCUACUGUCUAGCCCCGCUACAAGCUCGACUGACUGCCUGUACGAUGUGGUUAUAGGAGCGGUAAGGGGGAGAGAAUCUAACGGGACCAGCGCGGCGGGUGCGGCCAGCCAUUUCUCGGUCUCUUCCGGUGUAUGCAUCCUUGAUCAGGUGGGACCUGUUCACAGUGGCAUGGGCGAUCUUGAGGUUCUUUGCCGUGCUGGAAAAUAAUUUUGGGACCCACCAUGGCAGUGUUUGCGCCGGGAGGGGGCGCUGUGACGCCCCGAGAACCCGAACACGGGUCCCGUCACCUUUUCCACAAGAAAACCUUCCACAAGCCCACCUACUGCCACCACUGUACCGAACUGCUGUGGGGGGUGUUGGGACAGGGGUAUGUGUGUGAGAUGUGUAACUUCGUCAGCCACGAUAAGUGCAGGCAGGCCAUCGUCACGCCGUGUACGUCCCUGGCGCCGCAGCUCGUCAAACAUCCCGUGGCUCACUGCUGGAGCAACGCCGGCCGACACUUCAAGAAAAAAUUCUGUAACGUCUGUAGAAAAAAGCUGGACGACCUGUGGGCGCUUCGGUGCGAAGUUUGUGAGUACUAUGUGCACGCGGACUGUCAAGAUUUCGCGGUAAGCGACUGCAGACAAUGUGCCGCGUACCAACCGCAGAGGCACGACCUGAUGCUGGCGGUACACACCCACCUAUGGCGGGAAGGGAACCUCGUAGCCGCCGCGAAAUGUGUCGUGUGUAAGAAAAACUGCGGGACCACGGAAUGCCUGGCCAGCAUGAGGUGUGAGUGGUGUGGGGUGAAGGCUCACACCGGCUGCUACAGAUCCAUCCCCGCAGAGUGCAGCUUCGGAGCCCUGCAGAAGUUGAUGUUGCCGCCCGUCUGCGUACACGUACCGUCCGCCGCAGUUGCCGCGGAAACGUUGAUGGGCCAGUUCGGCCGGAAGCGGCAGGUCAAAGUUGACCGGGAUGAGAUGGACUCCGCGGACGCUCGAACCCCAGGAACGCAGGAUGAACAAGGGAAGAGUAAAAUGACUGUCAAAGUGUAUGACGGGAGUGCCUCCUUGAAGCGUAACUGUUUCCGCACAGUGACGGUUUCCCGCGGCGCGUCCCCCGCCGAGGUACUGGAAGCGGCCAUGAAAUCCCACCACAUCGUGGACAACCCCAUCCACUACUACCUCUCGCAGGUAGACCGGGAGAGCCCGGAAACGGAAAAGCCGCUGAACAACAACGAUGACACCUUCCAGCUGAGCGCCAGCGAGGGGAAAGCUCCCGCGGUCUGUCUGAGGUUUGCGAACAAAGGUCACGGAGAGAAGGGCAUGAUCAGGGUUUAUCCGGGGAUGCUGAGAGUAGCCGUGGCGUACAAAACCAUCCCCGUGACCAACACCACGACAGUAGACGAAGCCGUUCAGAUGGCUCUGGAGAAAUUCGGAUUGCGAGAGGAGGUGCCCAGUUACUACUCAUUGGUGGAAGUCUUGAUUGACAAGGGGGUACAGGAGCGGGUGAUGCAGCGUGAUGAGUACCCAUGGCCGCAGCUGGUCGACGCGAGGCAGGGUUCCCUCAGACAGAUGAAACUGACGAGAUUCUACCUCAGGAACUCCUCACACCCGGAGGGACCCGUAGAACUGUUCGUGUACAACCUACCCGUGGGGCUCGCGCCGGGAAAGUACGUCUCCAUCAUGGCGGAACUCCUGGGGAAGAACACGUUCACCACGGUGGGACCCAUCCAUCCGCAGUAUGGCGCCAGCUUUAUGACCUUCUCGUCCGCCGACACCGCUUUACGCGCUCUCUCCAUGCUGAACGAGUCCAUCGUGGACGAGAAACAGAUCUCGGCCAUGCUGCUCCCGCACGUGGAGGCGAACAUGAUCCCUAACACUGUCACCCCCCUCCUCGUGUUCGUGAACACCAAGAGCGGGGGGUGCCAGGGGGUGGAGAUCCUCUCGGCAUUCAGGCACCUACUCAACCCCCAUCAAGUGUUCGACCUGGACCAGGGGGGUCCACUACCAGGCCUCCUAACGUUCCGCAACGUCAGGAAGUACCGGAUUCUGAUCUGCGGCGGAGACGGGUCGGUGGGGUGGGUUUUAUCGUGUCUGGACGGGAUCUCAAAGGACCUGACCUGCAGCACGCCUCCCACCGCCAUCCUGCCCAUCGGAACGGGGAACGACCUCGCCCGCGUGCUGGGCUGGGGAGCGGGAUACACGGGGAACGACGACCCCCUCUCCCUGCUGAUACAAGCGCGCGACGCAGACAACUCCAAGUUCGACCGCUGGACAAUCCUGUUUGAACCAAACGAGGUGGAAGAGAAGAGUACAGAAAGUGCUAUGUCAUCCACAGGUGCAGCCAGCGGUCCACGUGACGAGCCCAACGUCUGCAUCAUGAACAACUACUUCGGUGUGGGGAUCGACGCGGACCUGUGUCUGGGCUUCCAUCUCGCUCGCGAGGAGAACCCGGAAAAGUUCACCAGCCGCUUCCACAACAAGGGCGUGUACGUGAAGCUGAGCCUGCGCAAAAUGAUGGGCAGGAAGUCGUGUAAGGAUCUACAGAGACAGAUUGAGCUGGAGGUGGAUGGCCAGGUCGUCGACCUCCCGACGUGCGAGGGGAUCGUCUUCCUGAACAUACGCAGCUGGGGGUCGGGGUGCGACCCGUGGGGCGGGGAAGCGUCGGACGCCUUCAGCCCGCCGUCGUACAACGACGGCACGCUCGAGGUCGUCGGGUUGACGGGGGUGGUGCAUCUCGGUCAGAUUCAGGGCGGAAUUCGCGGUGCAAUACGCGUGGCGCAGGGGCAGAGUAUCAAGCUCACCCUGAAGAACGACAUUCCAGUGCAGAUCGACGGCGAGCCGUGGCUGCAGCCCGCCGGCCAGGUCAUCAUCAUGCCUUCCGCCAUCCAGGCGAACAUGCUCCGCCGGCGCAAGACGAAAGUGCAGCGCCGCAACACGGAACCCAGCCUGUUCCGUCCGACGGGAGAGCUGAACAAGGCGCUCGGGCAGCACAUCGACUCGACCGCGAGCUGGCUGGUUGGCUCGGAGGUCUCCCCGGCCGCGGACACGAGUAGCGAACCACGUUCAUGAACACUAGUUCCACUAGACCAGACAUUGCCAUGUAUUAUAUAUAGUCUACUAGAAGAGAGUGACUCCAUGUAGUUAAGUCCAUUCCAGAUAUCUGUACACUACAUCACUUGAGUCUUCAUAACCAAAAGAAGUUGUCAGAUAAUAUAUAAUUUCCAAGGGAACUGUAACAAUUAGCAGAAAGAUAUAGCUUCAUAUUGUUACCAUUUCAGGUCCAUUUUAAUU